AUGUCUGACAGACUACUGAAGACAACCACAGAUCCCUUUCAGUCAAACUUCAUACUAGUACUGAAGAGGAAGAGGAACAUCUACCACAGCCAGAGUGAUCUUGAAGUCAAUGGUCAUGUUCCAACACCAAUAGCCAAUCUGAUGAAUGUGGAACUUAGAAAUAUGAAAGAACAAUCAGAAUCACAUGAUUACACUGAUGACACAUUUCAAUUUGGACUAGCCACAUUUCAAGAGCUCAACAGCCACAUGUGGCAAGUAGCUACCACAGUGGACUUCACUGCUCUAGAAAACUUAAGAAUCACCCAAUCUGUCACAGAAAGCUUUGCCAAACUGAUCCAUGGCUUGAACGUGGCGCACCUGACAGAUCGUGUUAUUCAGAGGAGCAAGAGGAUGAUUCUGGAUACUCUGGGCGUUGGACUCCUGGGAACCAGUACAGAGGUGUUUCACAAAGCCAACCAGUAUAGUAAAAUCUACACUUCCAACAUAUCCAGCAUUGUUUGGGGCCAGUCGGACGUCAGGCUUCCACCCACAUAUGCUGCUUUUGUUAAUGGUGUAGCUAUUCACUCAAUGGAUUUUGAUGACACCUGGCAUCCUGCCACUCACCCUUCUGGAGCUGUCCUUCCUGUCCUCACAGCUUUAUCAGAAGCCCUGCCACAAAAUCCAAAGUUCUCUGGUCUUGACCUGCUGCUGGCUUUCAAUGUUGGUAUUGAAGUGCAAGGUCAAUUAAUGCAUUUCUCCAAGGAAGCCAAUGACAUACCAAAGAGAUUCCAUCCACCCUCAGUGGUCGGAACUUUGGGUAGUGCUGCUGCUGCAUCCAAGUUUUUAGGGCUCAACUUGACCAAGUGCCGAGAGGCCCUGGCUAUUGCUGUUUCCCAUGCUGGGGCACCCAUAGCCAAUGCUGCCACUCAGACCAAGCCCCUCCACCUCGGCAAUGCUGCCAGGCAUGGAAUAGAAGCUGCUUUUCUGGCAAUGCUGGGUCUCCAAGGAAACAAGAAAAUCUUGGACAUGGAGGCAGGGUUUGGAGCCUUCUAUGCCAACUACUCCCCCAAGGUCCUUUCAAACUUAGAUUCCCACACUUGGCUUCUAGACCAGCAGGAUGUGGCAUUCAAGCGUUUCCCUGCCCACUUGGCGACCCAUUGGGUGGAAGAUGCAGCUGCAUCUGUGAGGAGGCAGCUUGUGACAGGUAGCGCCCCACUUCCUGUUGAUCACAUCCAGAGAAUUGUACUCAUUCCAGAUGUCCAGUAUGUAAACAGGCCCUUCCCAGACUCAGAGCAUGAAGCCCACCACUCCUUCCAGUAUGUGGCCUGUGCCACACUGCUCAAUGGUGGUGUCACUGUCCCAUCAUUCCACAAAUGCCAGAUCAACAGGCCACAGGUGAGACAGCUGCUUAGGAAGGUGGAGCUAGAGUACCCUCCAGACAACCUGCCAAGCUUCAACACACUGUACUGUGAAGUGAGUGUCACCCUCAAGGAUGGAGCCACCUUCACAAAGCGCUCCAAUACCUUCUAUGGUCACUGGAGGAAACCACUGAGCCAGGAGGACCUACAGGAGAAGUUCAGAGCCAAUGCCUCCAUGAUACUGCCCUGUGACAAAGCGGAAAGUCUUAUACAGAUUAUAGAAAAACUGGAAGACAUAGAUGACUGCUCCAUGUUAACCACACUUCUGAAAGAACCCUGUGUACCACAGGAGCCUUCAAAAUCUAUCCAACAUGUAAUAUUUUCAUCCUGCAAUCUUUCCUGA